AAUCACAUCUCUGUAUUUCAUUGCUGUCGCUCAGUGUGAGACAAAUAUGGCGUCUGCAGGCCUCCAGAUUUUGGGCAUUUUUCUGGGCACGAUUGGCUUCCUGGGAGACAUCAUCAUCUGCGCCCUGCCCAUGUGGAAGGUGUCCGCUUUCAUCGGGAACAAUAUUGUGACAGCGCAGACUUUUUGGGAGGGCCUGUGGAUGAACUGUGUGAAACAGAGCACCGGACAGAUGCAGUGCAAGGUCUACGACUCCCUGCUGGCCCUGCCACGUGACCUGCAAGCAGCCCGCGCUCUGGUUGUCAUCUCCAUUCUGAUCGUCUUCAUGGGAAUCCUGCUUGCCGUCGCAGGGGGGAAGUGCACCAACUGCAUUGAAGAUGAAGGAGCCAAGAGCAAGGUAGCCAUUGCUGCGGGGGUGUUCUUCAUUGUCGGUGGUAUCCUGUGCCUGAUCCCCGUGUGCUGGUCUGCUCAUGAAGUCAUCAGGAACUUCUACAACCCCAUUUUGAGCGACCCACAGAGGAGAGAGCUCGGUGCAUCGAUGUUCAUCGGUUGGGGAUCAGCAGGGCUCCUGUUAAUCGGAGGAGCACUUCUCUGCUGCCAGUGUCCGCAGAAUAAGGACAGCAGAUACUCUGUGAAAUAUUCCGCCCCUCGCUCCGCAGCAAGCACAGGAGCAUACGUCUAAAAUGUCCACAUGCUCAUCACGGUCCAAGAAACUGGACUGAACUCUUUAAUGUUUUUAUGGUCUUGACUUUGAGUUAAAAGUGUUUUCUAAUUG